AUGGCUAACUGCAAGCCUGUUUCUACUCCGGUGGAUGGCAACCCCAAGCUCUCUGCUGAUGGGGUUCCUGUUCAGGAUGCUACUGAUUUCCGGAGUCUUGCUGGCGCCUUACAGUACCUCACUUUCACUCGGCCGGACAUCGCUUAUGCUGUUCAGCAGAUCUGUCUGUACAUGCAUGAUCCACGGGAGCUGCAUCUCCCUGCUCUCAAGCGGAUUCUCAGGUACAUCCGUGGGACAUUGCAUAUGGGUCUGGUCCUUCGGCCUUCUUCCUCAGCCGAGUUGGUGGUCUACUCCGGCGCAGAUUGGGCGAGAUGUCCCGAAACGCGCAAGUCCACCUCGGGCUUCACUGUGUUUCUUGGGGACAAUCUGGUCUCAUGGUCCUCCAAGCGGUAG